GUGUGAAUAACUAAUGAAAUAAAACUAAUUAAAGAUAAACCUGUAGAUCUACAUACCUAUUAAUGAACCAAAACUAGAUAUACGUGUUGAAGAGGUGUAUUUAAAAUUAGUGCAUUUUGUUCAGUGACUUCAAUGUGGAUUUAAAAGACAAAAAAGCUACCCUCAAACCUCCACCAUGGGUCCUUCAACACUGCUGCUGCCGUGUCUGCUGCUCCUGUCGUCAUCAUCAUCACCAGCCCAGGGUCAGAACAUAGAGAGGAGACUCGGACCCCUGCGAGAGGUUUUCGCGUGGAAGCAACUCACUUUCGACAUUAAUGGACAUACUUUGCUCCGAGACCGCUUCGGCGGCAUAGAUGAGGCUUCGGAGGCUGAUGCAGAGGCUGAUGUGGAGGCCACCAGGGAGCGGAGACAGGCCGACAGCGUCUACUUCAUACAGCCUGACAGCGAUAGGAACCAGGGCGAACAGGGAAACGCGAAUAACAGACCCAACUCAAGCUACGGGGGUGGAAACAGACCCAACCAGAACAAUGGAAACAGACCCAACCAGAAUAAUGGAAACAGGCCCAGCCAGAGCAAUGGAAACAGACCCAAUAAUGGCUUCGAGAACCAAGGAAGUGGAAAUGGUGGAAGCCGUCCCACGGUAACCAGCACCACUGCUCGACCUUCCAAUGAAUCUGGAAGGUUCUUCGUGCAAUACAACAAUGUCCCCAUGGGGGUGGAGCGAGUCGGCAACAGACUGUUCGUCACUGUGCCUAGGAGACGAUUUGGCAUCCCUUCAACGCUGAACUACAUCGACCUCACCCGCAGCUCCAACACCCGCUCUCCAUCCCUGAAGCCCUACCCGAGCCUCCGUCAGGGGUCCUCCCUGGUGUCCAUCUACCGGACCAGAGCAGACAGCUGCGGGAGACUGUGGGCCGUGGAUACGGGGCUUUGGGAGAUACCUGACAACCGCCGCCAAGUGCAGCCGCCAGCCAUCGUGAUCUUCGACCUCAACCGCAACCGGCAGAUCAAGCGGUACGAGUUCAAGUCUACAGAUAUACCGUCAGAAAACACUCCGGCAGGUCUAGCCUCGAUAACAAUAGACAUGAAAGACGGCGACUGCGCCAACGCCUUCGCCUACGUCCCAGACCUCAACACCAACGGCAUCAUAGUGUACUCCCUCAGAGAAGACGACAGCUGGAGGCUCACACACAACUAUAUGCAUUUCAACCCGCUGGCUUCGAACUUGAAUAUUGCUGGCCAGCGUUUCCAGUGGAACGACGGCAUCUUCAGCAUCACGCUGUCCCCGACCUCCUCUGACGGGUGCCGCGUGGCGUACUUCCACCCCAUGGUCAGCACCCAGGAGUUCUCUGUCUCCACCUGUGUGCUCAAGAACAGGACCGCAGCUGAUGGCAGCGACUAUUGGACCAGGUUUAAUCUACUAGGCGAGCGCGGCGCCAACAGCCAAUCUACAAUGCACGGCCUGCACGACCGCACCGGAGUGGUGUUCUACGCAGACGUGGGCCGCAACGCCCUCUCGUGUUGGAACUCCGCGACUCAGCUCGUCUCGUCCAAUGUCGUCAUACUGGCGCAGGACUCGACACGGCUGUCUUAUCCUUCAGAUCUCCACGUGACUGGCGACGAAGUAUGGCUCAUGGUAAACUCGAUGCCUCGCUUCAUAUACUCCCGGCUCGAUACCAACGAAUACAGCUUCUUUAUUUAUAGGGGUUCAGUGAAUGACCUUAUCAUGAACACUCCGUGUGCGGACGGCCUUACGCUAGGGUUGUCAUCUUCGUGAUAA